AUUGGGUGCAACUAACACUACAAUACAACCACCAAUCAUACCUGCUAUCCAUCUUGUUGGCUUCACGCAGAGUUGGGACCAGGCAAGGACCAGCUGUCGCUUUCAGAGAGGAGCUCAAGAUGCAGCGUGCUUCUCUUCUUGCUGCCAACGCUCGGGUAUGCCUCCGCACCGGCGGUAACACCCCUGUGCAGAGCAUCGCUAGCCCUGCAGCAGCAGGUGCUCGCGGGUUGGCCACAGUGACCGAUGCGCCCAAGCGGGCAUAUGGCGGUCUGCGCGACCAGGAUCGCAUCUUCCAGAACGCAUACAUGCGCCAUGAUUUUGGGCUCAAGGGCGCCAAGGCCCGCGGUGACUGGCACAGGACCAAGGACAUCCUCCUUAAGGGCGACGACUGGAUCAUCGGGCAGAUGAAGGCGUCCGGCAUGCGCGGCCGCGGCGGCGCCGGCUUCCCCUCGGGGCUCAAGUGGAGCUUCAUGAACAAACCUGGCUGGCAGAACGACAAGCGCCCCCGCUACCUUGUCAUCAACGCCGACGAGGGUGAGCCGGGAACUUGCAAGGACAGGGAGAUCAUGCGUGGCGACCCUCAUAAGCUUGUCGAGGGAUGCUUGGUCGCCGGUCGGGCCAUGAACGCCAACGCAGCGUAUAUCUAUGUGCGUGGAGAGUUCUACCUCGAGGCGGCGCACUUGCAGCAAGCCAUCAACGAGGCGUACAAGGAUGGCCUGAUCGGCAAGAACGCCUGCGGCUCGGGCUACGACUUUGACGUCUACGUCCACAAGGGCGCCGGUGCCUAUAUCUGCGGCGAGGAGACCGCCCUGAUCGAGUCCAUUGAGGGCAAGCAGGGCAAGCCGCGUCUCAAGCCGCCCUUCCCCGCCGACGUUGGCCUGUUCGGCUGCCCGACGACAGUCGCCAACGUCGAGACAGUCGCCGCGGCGCCGACGAUCAUGCGCCGCGGCGCCGAGUGGUUUGCAAGCUUUGGCCGCGAGAAGAACUCGGGCACCAAGCUCUUCGCCAUCAGCGGCCACGUCAACCACCCUUGCGUCGUCGAGGAGGAGAUGAGCAUCCCCCUGCGCGAGCUCAUCGAGCGCCACUGCGGCGGCGUCCGCGGCGGCUGGGACAACCUCCUCGGCAUCGUCCCCGGCGGAUCCUCCGUUCCCAUCUUGCCCAAGAACCGGUGCGAGGAGGUGCUGAUGGACUUUGACUCGCUGCGUGACGCCCAGUCCUCGCUCGGCACAGGCGCCGUCAUCGUCAUGGACAAGAGCACCGACGUCAUCCAGGCCAUCGCCCGUUUCGCCAAAUUCUACAAGCACGAGUCCUGCGGGCAGUGCACCCCAUGCCGCGAGGGCACCACUUGGGUCUCCAACAUGAUGGACCGCUUCGUCGAAGGCCGUGGUACCUACCGCGAGAUCGACAUGCUCUGGGAGCUUACCAGGCAAUUUGAAGGGCACACGAUCUGUGCACUUGCAGAUGCCGCUGCGUGGCCGGUUCAAGGUCUUCUACGACACUUCCGCGAUCAUGUCGAAGAGCGCAUGGACGCUUACCAACAGAAGCACGGUCAGGUUCUGUUCGGUGGCCACUUGGCGAGCGAAGUCGACCCUUCCCUGUCCCUCCCUGGCAACAUUGCAUCGCCCGAGCCAGCAGGAAGUGUUCCACCUGCCUCUCAUUGAUGGCCCUACAUCUUUUGUUGAUGCUACCGUCGCGCAUGAGCGUAAUCAAAUACAUGCUCGUCCAC